CGGACGGACGUACCAAGGUAAUAAGACACUUCAAUCGUUGUCUUCAGAUUUCUUCCACGAUCUUCCUGUCUUACUUAAAAACAAAAAACCCUAGAAUUCCUGGGCCACUUUGCAACAAAGCUCUCCUCCAUAGAAGAAAUGGCGUCACUGGGCAACUCCUUGUUUCCUGGCUCGCUACAGGUGCGAUCCAUCCGUCGGGGCCAUGAAUCGUCUUCCGUCCUUCGUCGGAUCCGAUUCCGUUUAUACCGACCCCGGAUUGUUCUUGCCUCUGCUUCCCGAGGGAGCACAAAUGAAGAUAGGGAAGGACAAUCAUGGAGCAUCAUCAACAAGUUGCCUGAGACAUUUGCCGGAUGGUCUGGAUUGGAGAGCGAGGGCGGGGGGAAUUCUCAGGAAAAGGGAGGGCGUGGAGGGAUGCUGGGAGCAGGGCUUGCUGGACUCUUUCUUUUUGGAGGGCUUACCUUUGCAACGUUGUCCCUCCGCAGCAAAAACAGCAGAAAUACUUUUGGAGUCAACAAACAGAUGAAACCCUUAACAACUGAGCAAGAAGUUCUGUUGACUUCUGAUGAUCAGAGUUCAGAAAUUGUUCAGGAUGGAAAUGAGACUAGUGCAAUAUCAUCUGACAAAGAGACCAGGAUAAAUGACCACAAUCCUGAUUCUGUGACAGGUAUAAACAAGGACCCUUUUCCUCCACUAGAAAAUUCUGAUAUUACUGAGGAUAAACAUGAUAUUAUUAAUCAAUUGGUGGUUCCAUCAGCUGAAAUCCUUGAUUUGAAUGAUGAUGGGAUUGGAUCUGUGGAUAGAUUUAAUCAAGCUUCAGGUGGAGAUGACCUGCAUAUUGAAACUGUUGUUGAUGAUAUUUCUGUACCUGCAGAUUCUAAUCCCUUCCUACCUGAAUUUUAUGCAAACAAUGCAACUGAUUUAACCCCUAAUGAUCUGAAUACUAUGGAGUCACAGAGUAUUGUAUUUUCUGGUUCAUCUGGUUCCACUGUCAGCCAUAAUGAGAAUCUUCAAAUCACCAAUGAUUUUGACUCGUUAUCCUUUAACACUUUUUCAACGGAUUAUGCCAUUGAGCAGGGAAAUCCAAGCCUUGAAGAUAUUGUCAAGUCCAAUGAUCCCUUGGAUAUUUUGAGUGAAUAUGAAGGCUCACCUGGUGAGCCUUUGAGUUUAAGUGGUACAAUUCAAGAGUCAAGUAAUUCCAUUGACACUGAGUUCAGCCCUGAUGGUGUAAUAGAAAAUGUAGAUUUUGUUUCAAAGGGAGAUGAUUUUCUUGAUAAUGGUUUGCUGCAGCUUUCCCCUGAAGGUGUUACAUCAGGGCGAGUUGAAUAUUCUUCAAUUAAUACUGUUUCAUCUGGCGUUGGCUCUAGUUCAGAUCUUGGUCAAAAUGAAGCCCUAGUUUUUCCUGCUGACUCAAUCAAUAUUGAAGAAGGGUUUAAAUUAGAGGAAGCUACCUCUAUAACAUAUUCUGUUCCAGUAUAUGCUAAUCACACUGAAAAUGAACCUAAUAUUAGCAUCUAUAAUCGAAGUAACAAAGACUCAACAUUUGAGUCAAUACUUCCUCAGAAGUCAUUCCUUUUUACUGGUGUACCUGCUCCAUCUCUCGUGUCUUCAGCAUUGCAGGUGCCUCUAGGAAAGGUUCUUGUUCCUGCAGUAGUUGAUCAGGUUCAGAGUCAGGCUUUCGCAGCCUUGCAAGUUCUGAAGGUGAUUGAGGCUAGUGUUCAACCUGGAGAUCUAUGCACCCGCAGGGAGUAUGCUCGUUGGUUGGUUUUUGCAAGCAGUGCCCUCUCCAGGAAUACAACUUCGAAAUUGUAUCCGGCAAUGUAUAUAGAGAACGUUACUGAGCUUGCUUUUGAUGAUAUCACUCCCGAAGACCCAGAUUUCUCCUGUAUUCAAGGCUUAGCGGAGGCUGGAAUAAUAUUCAGCAAGCUUUCACUUUCUGAUACGAGUGGCUCUUCCACCCAGAGUCAAGAGCCGCUUCUCUUUUCUCCUGAAAGUCUUCUUUCACGUCAAGAUCUUGUGAGCUGGAAGAUGGCCUUAGAGAGAAAACAGCUUCCAGAGGUUGACAAAAAUCUUCUCUACCAGACAUCUGGUUUUAUAGACAUUGAGAAAAUAGACUCAGGCGCAUGGCCUGCACUGCUAGCAGACUUAUCUUCAGGGGAACAGGGCAUCAUUUCCCUUGCUUUUGGUUAUACCAGAUUAUUUCAGCCCAACAAACCUGUUACAAAGGCUCAAGCUGCCAUCGCUCUUGCCACUGGUGAAGCUGCUGAGAUUGUCGGUGAGGAACUUGCACGCAUCGAAGCUGAAUCAUUGGCAGAAACCGCUGUAAAUGCACAUACUGCUCUAGUUGCGCAAGUUGAGAAAGAUCUCAAUGCUAGUUUUGAGCAAGAGCUUGCAAAGGAAAGGGAGAAGAUAAAUGCUUUGGAAAAACUGGCCGAGGAAGCAAGACUGAAAUUGGAAAGAAUAAGAACUGAAAGAGAAGAAGAAAACAAUGCUAUCCUUAGAGGGCAGGCUGCUGUGAAAUCUGAAAUGGAAGUUCUCUCAAGACUGAGGUGUGAAGUACAAGAGCAGUUACAAGAGCUUAUGACUAACAAGGUGGAAAUAUCUUUUGAGCGUGAAAGGAUAACCAAACUUCAAAAAGAAACAGAAAGUGAGAAUCAAGUAGUCGUUCAGUUGCAAUAUGAGCUAGAAGUUGAGCGGAAGGCAUUGUCCAUGGCUAGGACAUGGGCUGAAGAGGAGGCUAAAAGAGCUCGGGAGCUAGCAAGAGCUCUUGAGGAGGCUAGGGAAAGAUGGAUAAAGCAUGGAAUUAAAGUGGUAGUUGAUGAAGACCUGCAAGAAGAUGCCACAACCGGAAUUACAUGGGCUACUGCUGGGAAGCAAUCUCCAGUUGAUGAAACAAUUAGCAGAGGAGAAAAUUUGGUCGAGAAACUCAAUGCAAUGGCUGCUGAAAUAAAACUCAAAUCCUCAAUCGUGAUUAAGAACAUAAUUCAUACCAUAGUUGCUUUAAUUUCAGCUCUCAAGCGAAAGGCAUCUGAGAGUUCGAAGCAUUUGGCAGAGCUCCAAGGUAAGAUUGUUCUGAAGGCUGGCAGAUCAUUAGAAAUCUUCAAGGAAAGUGCUUCUGUUACCAGCUCUAACAUUGCUGAAAGAGCAAGAAGAGUCCUUGAUGAUUGCAAAGAAAGCGUUGAGAAAAUUUCACCAAAGUUCAAAGCUUAAUGGAUCUGGAACUUCAUCAAAUUUUUAGUAUUGCUACUUUUUAUAGUACUUUGUCUACUGAAUGUACUACUUUUGUCAACUUCCUUUUGUGGGAAGGUCCAGGAGUUAGAAAGUUAAGAGUGAUUGGAACUCCCAAUAAGUUGCAGAACAGCUUUACAGCUUAUUUUUUAGUUGUAUUCUGCGUACAAGGAAAGCAGAAAAGCUGGUACUUUAUCUGAAAUAAAUAAUCGAAUAAAUCUGAUCGUUUUGUGAA